AGGUGAUAUUGUUCUGUUUUACCACUUUUUAUUUGCCGUUUUAUCUCAGUGUGUGUAUAAAGUUUGAUUCAGCCAUUCCAAUUUAACAAUUUAGAUAUCUAAAAGCCAGAAUUUUUAGAUUAUUUUAAAAAACUCAUGUUUCAGGCACAAACCACCUGAAAAUGUAAAAGUUGUUUCUGCUGAAUUGUCUUAUACAUUAAAGAUAAUAAAGAAGAUACAAUUAUUCAAUGUUACUUGAGUUAAAACUUAAAAAGAAAGCAGCCAAUGAAAGGAAAAAAAGAGAUUUGAACUUACGAAUAUAUUCAUCAGAUUCGAACCGAUGUAAUGACUUAUUUUUAAAUCGUUCUCUAAUUGCUUGUAUGUUUUUCAGGCCAAUUAUCUCUUUAUACAUCUGUAAAAUUAUUAUCACUUAUGCUUAGUGGUCAAAAUAAAAUCUGAAAUGGAUUACUUUCUCGAGCCCUCAGCUGCUCACAAACCACCAAGUGGUGGACGUGAGAAACACCGAAGAAGAAGACAAGCACAAGCUGGAGCUGGCAAGAGAGCAGUGGAAACAAAACAGAAGGAAUCAAAUGAUGUGAAAAAGAAAUUCAUCAUCAUUGGAUUGGCUGUGGUUGCUUUAGUUGGUGGAGCUGCAGGAAUAGCUGUCUUUCUUAUGCAAGGAACAAGCUCAGUUUGUGGUGAAGGAAGUACAGAUCCAAUUACUAUAAGUGAAUGCUUAGUUGUAAACUGUCCUUUCGAUACAACUACAUGCACAUUACCAUGUCCGUUUGGGUUUGCUGUAAAAGAUGAGAAUAGUGUGUGUCCAGUGAGUUGUACGUGUGCAUCACAAGGAAAUUUUGAAGGAGAUGUUCAUUUUACUAGUGAUGAUGUACCUGAUCUGUUGGAUAGGUAUAGCUAUGUGAAUAAAGAUGAUGAAGAAUUUUCAUUGUUUGUUGGAAGUGCUUACAAGCAUGAAAGAGUUGGAAAAUGGAACCAAGUUGCUCUUCCAUCUGGUCGAAUACCUGUGGGGUACAAACUUGACAACAGAUUAAAAAACAGUCAAAAGUUUAAGGAUGCAUUAAAGGGAGCUAUAAAAGCCUACAAGGAAAAUACAUGCAUUGACAUUGCCCCUUAUGAUUCAGCGAAACAUGGGAAAAAAUUUGUCGAUAUUAAACAUGCCGAUGGUUGCUAUGCUUCAUUGGGUUAUGCAGAAAAAGAACAACGUAUGAGCAUUGGUUAUGGGUGCGAUUAUGUCGGUAUUAUUAUACACGAGUUUCUUCAUACAAUGGGUUUUGCCCAUGAGCAAACUAGGCCGGAUCGUGACCAGUUUGUUAAAGUUAAUUUUGAGAACAUAAAAGCAAAUUCGGAUUACAACUUUCAGAAGGUGGCUGCAAAUCGUGUCUAUGAUCUAAAAUCUGAGUAUGAUAUUGGUUCUGUCAUGCAUUAUGAAUCCUCUGCCUUCAGUAAAAACUAUAAAAGUACGAUUGUAGAUAAAAAAACAGGUGGAGUCCUUCAGACACAAAAGGAGAGACUAUCAGAAAGCGAUAUUUAUGAGGUUAACGUGUUUUUAUGUGGAGGUGGAGUCCUUCAGACACAAAAGGAGAGACUAUCAGAAAGCGAUAUUUAUGAGGUUAACGUGUUUUUAUGUGGAGGUUCUAAGGAAGGAGGAGGAGGAGGAGGAGGAGGAGGAGAAGGUGGUGGUGGUGGAUCAGUAGCAACUACAAGGCAACCACCAACAACAACCAGGCGACCUGUGACCACAACCCGUAGAUGGCCGUAUACAACAAUACCUCGAACAACCCGUGCUACUACCCGCCCCCCUACCGCAACCACUAGAAGACCAUGGUAUAGAACAACAACACUGAGUCCUUGGCGUCGGACGACAACCCCAAGGAAUAGAAACAGAGGGUUGUCAGAAUGGGGGCAGUGGAUUGGAUGUACAGCUACUUGUGGAGAUAUUUCAACUAAAGUUCGUGCCCGCUACUGCCAAGUACAAACUGCAGGAUGUAAGGCUGUUUAUGAAACUGUGAACUGCAAAAGGAAACCUUGCCCAGUAUCAGUACAGUGGGGUCCAUGGUCUCCAUUUGGAAGCUGCACCAAGACUUGUGGUUCUGGUUUAAGACUAAGAUAUAGGUACUGUCCUAGAAGGUCACAGUGCCUUGGAAAAUCUUUUCAAGCUAAUCCUUGCACUUUGAAAAGUUGUGUAAGCUCACAGCGUUAUGCUCCCGUAGCAUGGACUAAUUGGAUGUCAUGGGGAAUAUGCUUUAAAUCAUGUGGCUCAGGAAUUCGAUAUCGGUCUAGACAUUGCAAAAAAGGCCAUUAUUUCUCUUACGGCUGCCCUGGCCGUCACCAUGAACUUGGUUACUGCAAUACAUUCAGCUGCACUAGCUCCUUUGCUAAUGAUCCACCUUCUCCAAUGUUCUCAUUUGAUAGCAAGAGUGUUGCUAAUCUUUGCUCUGGAGCAAAUUCCGAUGUUGUUUUCAUCUUUGGAGAUUUUAACGGAGAUAGAAACGUGGAUGUGAUGUGUGGAAAUCAAGAUGGUGAUUUUGAGGUUGGUUUGGUGACCUCUAAUGGAGAUAUAAACACAGCAUCAUGGAGAGGACGAUUGGAUGGUUGUGUCGUACAAUCGGGUCAAAUUGCUGUCGGUGAUUUUAACGGAGAUGCGAUGUCCGAUAUUGUGUGUGUCGACCGUGUGAAAAAGAAAACCACAGUUCGUUUAUCAAACAAUGGACAAUUUCCAACCGGAGAAGGUUACUCUGGUUCAUUCUGUACCGAUGAUUCUGAUUGGUUGAUUCCACUCGAUAUAGACGGUGACAGCAAAUGGGAUUUCAUGUGUAGUCAUAACAACCGUGAUCAUGAGAUACUCAUGAACAGUUUUACAAAUCCUUCAUAAAAGACAUUUCAUUGUUUAAUUUUGACGUUGACAGUGUUUUGUAUGUAUAUUGCAUAUCGUUUCAUUAUAGUGUUGUUCAUACUUCUGUAGCAAACAAUUUAUUUUGACAAUUGUUUUACAGAGUAUUUACACAUUAAAAAUGCAUUUGAGUGUUUUGAAUUGAUUGUUGUAAAUAUGUUUUUGUACUUUGUUGUAAAUAAGUUGCACAUUACCUUGUCGUAUUGUUUCAGAA